AUGAACAAAUUUGCAAAAGAAAAUAAUUCAUCCUCAAAUCUGUCUUUUGAAGUUUAUUUAAAGCAGAGAAAUGAUUUAUGCAAAACUUUUUCAAUAGAUUUAACUAAGGAGUUUCUAUCGAAUUUCGAAGCUCAAGCAUUAAAAGAAUUUAAAGCACCUUCGGCGAAAGGAUUAAUCAAUGGUGUUGAAUCAACAAUUCCUAAUGAAAAGGAUCAUUUCCAAUAUAAAUCCACUCGUGGCACAUUCCUAUUUAAGGAUACUACUGUCAUACAUGAUAUCAUUAUGCAAAAUCACUUCGAACCAGACAUUUUGUUAGACCAUCAAAACAUGAGUUACUAG